GUUACGGCGGACUAUUCAACCGUCACUUUGAACGAUGUUCGAAGAAGGUGAAAUGCGAGCGUAGCUUUGAUGAUGUGAUGAACGUGCUCCGCUUUGUUUUGGUUCGUCAUCUACGCACAGCAUCAAGCGCAGACAAUUGGAUAAAAACUACAACCAAAGCAGGAAUCCAUAGUUGAUGGCUAAUUGUGAUGGCUGAAGAUGGUGUUUUUUGUAUUGUAGAAAACUAGUGCUAAUUGUCAUAGAAGUGUCUUUGAAUUCGUUUGUACCUAUUUGUCGUAUUCUGAUUGUAAGUUUCUAAUUCAUAAAAAGUAUCUUGAAGUAGUGUACAUUGUAAUAUGUGAAUUUGUAGAUUAUCCAUCGUCGUUGUAGAACCGGGAUGAAGUGCGCGUAAUAGUUUUGAUUACUGUAGCUUACCGUAAGUUUGGACUGAUGUUCUUGAUUGUUCAAUGUUUGUAUGUAAUUAUGGAAAUUGAUUCAUUAGGAUCGUACAAAGGCCCCGGAGGUAGAACUGUGGAUGUAUUUGUAGCCAAAGGGAAAAACUAGAUUUUGAGUUUGUUGUCCACCGACAUACUUCAGAAUCGUUUACCCGCAUCCGAAAAAACAGCGAGUAACAUAGCUCAAAAUCUAUCUACCAGCAUGUCGUCCUACAAAUACCCGUGCUGUGACCGAGGAGAGAAUUUCGAUGCCAGCGUUUUAUGUGACAAAUGCAGAGAAUGGUAUCAUUUCGAAUGCGUAGGCGUAGAUGAUAGUGUCGCCGAAGUUGUCUGGUAUUGUGGAACCUGUCUAGGAGAGGAUCGAUCCAUCCGAGAUUCGUUGGGCGCACCAGGCACCACCACAAUUUCUCCGGUAGUAUUCGCGCAUUCCGGUCGAACUGAGGGUCAUAGGGCAGAGAUCGGUAAGUCAGUAAGCACAUUAUCGAAGCGAGGUCAAAUUAGUAAAGAAAGAGCGCUGUACAACGAGAUAGAAGACGAAGAAGUAGUUGAAGAUUCCCGUGAGUUAGGAGAUCAAGACAAGAAAGAUGUAGGAGCAGAACACGCAAUUGAAGGAAAAGAAGAAGAGAAUAAAGAUGAUCAUGAGAAGUUGUUGCGUGCUUUGACGGAAGUAAUUGGGCGUUAUUGUAGCAGUGUGAACCGUUCCAAUUCUCUCCCGGUCAAGAAUUCAAAUAGCGUUCGUGAGAGAGUGAGGAAAAGCGCCAGUAUGUCAUCGGCAGAGUCGACGCGAACUCGGGCUUUAAAAGAGCUUCAAGAACUGGAGGAGUGGAACCGACUGGAAGAACUAGAAGAGGAAAACCAGCGAAAACUCUUGGAGUUAGAGCGGAAGCGGAUCGCUCGUCAGAAGGAAAUUCUUCGAAGACGGAUGGAGUUGAGACAGAUCGUCGGUGAAGAUAAGGAAGAUUUUGUGCUCAUCGACGAAGAUUUUCCGGAGCUGGUUAGUGGUGCAGAAGUCGGAGUGGAUGGAGGACAACCGCAGGAGUUUUUGAAGAACCCUGGAACGUCCGUGACACGGAGUAACACCAGACUUCCAAAACUUCAGAGAUCGGCGAUGAGAUCAUCCACGAGUGGACAUCUAGGGAAAUUUCCAGGAGUUCCAAACGUCAAUCUUUCUCGACCAUCGUUCGAAAAUAGGAUCAACGUCCGUUCUUCGAUAUGCGACCAUUUUUCUGGUGACCAGCGAGAUGCAGUCAAUAAUCAGGUGGCACAUGGUCCAUCUCAUCUGCAGAUAGCGUCACGACAGGUGUUCCCUCGGAGUCUGCCGAAGUUCUCCGGUGCCGCCGAGGAAUGGCCGAUAUUUAUCAGCGCAUACGAACAGGCGAACUCAUCGUGUGGCUUUACCAAUGCUGAAAACCUGGUUCGUCUGCAAGAGGCCUUGACCGGUAGAGCCCUGGAAACGGUGAGGAAUCGGUUGCUGCUGCCGGAGAAUGUUCCGUUGAUUGUCGAUAAAUUGAGAAAAAGGUUCGGCAAUCCAGAAAUUCUGUCGACGAGGUUGGCUAACCGGAUUCAGGGAUUGGAUGGUCCCAGCGCGGAGAGUUUGGAGUCGGUUAUUGAAUUCGGAAGCGCUGUGGAGGAGUUCACACAGCACCUGAAAGCAGCUGGGCUUGUAGAUCAUCUAAAGAACCCUAUACUGAUGCAGAGUCUCGUGCAGAAACUGCCUUCAUAUUAUGCAAUGGAAUGGGUGGAGCAUAAGCGACGCGCGCAGUCAGUUGAUUUAGAAACAUUCGGCACGUUCAUGGAAUGCCUAGUGGAAAAGGCGCUGGAAGCCACAUUCGAGAAGGCUGAUUUGAAUGAAAAGGACAAGAAACGGGAAAAGGCCAAAGCAAAAUCUGUUUUGUAUGCCGCAGAUGGAGAUAGUGAUAGUACGAGCAGCCGAUCGAGUCAGAAUGAUGAAAUGAGGAGACCCGACCAGUCGGAACAGCCACAGCAUAGAGAUGUAAGAUGUGCUGUGUGCCAUAAGAUGGGACACUUUGGGAGAAAUUGUCAAGAGUUCUUGAGGUUAAAUGUUGGAGAACGAUGGAAGACGGUGGAACGAUUGAACUUAUGUCCAUGUUGCAUGUACGAUCAUGGGGAUUGGCCGUGCCGUAUACGAAGGCGUUGUACAGUGGAUGGUUGUCCGGAAUUCCACAAUCCGUUGCUUCACUGCGAGUCGAACCAGGAAAGUACUCCGUUGGAAGUUCAGUGCAACAGUCAUCGACAGCUAAAUCCAACAGUGCUGUUCAGGAUGGUCCCGAUUACGUUGUAUAAUGGAAGCAGAAGGGUGGAUACGCUGGCGCUUAUCGACGAGGGGUCGGCGGUGACUUUGAUCAACAAGAAGUUAGCAGGAAUGUUGAAGGCUACCGGACCGGUACAGCCGCUACAGAUGUAUUGGACGAAUGGCAUCCAGCAAAGGGAGAGGUAUUCGAAAGUCGUACGGAUUCAAGUGUCCGCGCAAGGGUCGUCGACACGUUUUGACCUCGUCAAUGCUCGGACCGUUCAGAAGCUAGAGUUGCCUUCUCAAUGUGUAGAUGCUGAAGACUUCUUGGAUUGUGAUCAUUUGUACGAUCUAGAGAUUCCCGGCUACGACUUGGCUGCCCCGCAAGUGUUAUUAGGAAUCGAUAAUCUUCACCUUGUCGCGCCGUUGGAAUCCAGAAUUGGAGAUCAAGGUAAACCUGUUGCUAUCCGGUCACAGCUUGGCUGGACAGUAUACGGGCCACGCCCAAGAGGAUAGUGUAGCAGGACCUUCUGACUCUGGGCAGGAUUCUAUCAAAGCAGAGAAAACACGAAAAUUGAAAUUUUAGAGGCGUGGGAAGCAAGUUUGAUGUAGAGUAAUCCCAGUACUGUGCUCAAGCGACCCAGCUACAGGGUUUACGGGUGGGGGAAUGUUACGGCGGACUAUUCAACCGUCACUUUGAACGAUGUUCGAAGAAGGUGAAAUGCGAGCGUAGCUUUGAUGAUGUGAUGAACGUGCUCCGCUUUGUUUUGGUUCGUCAUCUACGCACAGCAUCAAGCGCAGACAAUUGGAUAAAAACUACAACCAAAGCAGGAAUCCAUAGUUGAUGGCUAAUUGUGAUGGCUGAAGAUGGUGUUUUUUGUAUUGUAGAAAACUAGUGCUAAUUGUCAUAGAAGUGUCUUUGAAUUCGUUUGUACCUAUUUGUCGUAUUCUGAUUGUAAGUUUCUAAUUCAUAAAAAGUAUCUUGAAGUAGUGUACAUUGUAAUAUGUGAAUUUGUAGAUUAUCCAUCGUCGUUGUAGAACCGGGAUGAAGUGCGCGUAAUAGUUUUGAUUACUGUAGCUUACCGUAAGUUUGGACUGAUGUUCUUGAUUGUUCAAUGUUUGUAUGUAAUUAUGGAAAUUGAUUCAUUAGGAUCGUACAAAGGCCCCGGAGGUAGAACUGUGGAUGUAUUUGUAGCCAAAGGGAAAAACUAGAUUGUAAGUAUUGUUUAAGUCAUUUUUUAUUGUUGUAUUUAAUGUUGAAAAUAUAUUUCUAGUUGAGUUUGUUGUCCACCGACAUACUUCAGAAUCGUUUACCCGCAUCCGAAAAAACAGCGAGUAACAACCUU